GGUGGGCGGGUCUCUUAUCGGUAGCAUAGGACGGCCUGCAGCAGCUAGCUCAGUCUCAUCGGGCACCAGAUCCUGUCCUGCAACGAAACCCAGUGCAACGAAAUGCAAAUAAACGAAAGUAUGGCGCCCAAGUAGAACAUUCCAACAGCGCCCGCAAGCAAGCCAACAAGGUCCACCGCUCUCUCUCUUUUGAGGAUCUAUCUAUCUCUCACUAUCUAGCUAGCCUCCGAUUCCCAACAAGAGCCACCUCUCCAUUUCGGUUCGGAAGCCAGCCGGAAGAGAUGACGGAACAAAAGAAUCAGGUGACACGCGCUGCACCGGAGCAGAGCAACGACUACCGGGUGGUGGUCUUUGGUGCUGGUGGCGUGGGCAAGAGCUCGCUGGUGCUACGUUUUAUAAAGGGCACAUUCCGCGAAAGCUAUAUACCGACCAUCGAGGACACCUACAGACAGGUCAUAAGCUGCAAUAAGAACAUCUGCACGCUUCAAAUUACGGACACGACCGGGUCGCAUCAGUUCCCCGCCAUGCAACGGUUGUCGAUCUCAAAGGGUCACGCCUUCAUCUUGGUCUACUCGGUGUGCUCUAAGCAGAGCUUGGAGGAGCUACGUCCUAUCUGGGCUCUCAUCAAGGAACUAAAGGGAGCCGAGAUUCCGAACAUCCCAGUAAUGUUGGUGGGCAACAAGUGUGAUGAGACUGCGGAGCUAAGAGAGGUCUCACAGAUCGAGGGACAGGCCCAAGCCACCACCUGGAGCAUAUCGUUCAUGGAGACAUCGGCCAAGACGAAUCACAAUGUGACGGAGCUUUUCCAGGAGCUGUUGAACAUGGAGAAGACGCGCACUGUCUCCCUGCAGUUGGACACCAAAAAGCAAAAGAAGCAAAAGAAAGAAAAGAAGACCAAGGACACGAAUGGUGCGAUUCCGGAGAAUGGGGAGGCCAGCGCCAGUGCCAGCGGGGGAGCCAAGGAGAAGUGUCGAGUUAUGUAAGAAUCGACGUUGGCAUCGGUAUCGGCAUCGGAUUGCACGGAGUCGAGUUGAAUUGGAAUAAUUGGAGACGGUGACAGACAAAUACUCGCCUUGGGGCAGCAGUGUGUGGUGGAGGUACAUAGAACCACCCACGCGCACCACGCACCACAACAGACACCCACAUCACAUACCCCCAUACCCCCACUCUACCAGCAGCACCCACACCACAUAUAGAGUUACAUCCAUACGGGCACUAGAACAGACAUAUAUAUUUAUAUUUAAGAACCGAUUUAAGUCACACCACACCACCACAAUUGCAAUUAUGACUAUAUUUUGCAUAAGUUAUAUUCGAGCAGAUCUGAUCUUCUAGUCGCACAGAAUACGAUACUAACACUAAGUUUACGACAUAAUCGCAUCUAAAACGUAACGGCAUACAUAUCAAAUGUUUACAUAACAGCAUGAUGAUCCACCACACGAUCCAUUCAUAUACAUAUAUAGCCUAGCCAUAGUAUCAGACGAAUCUAUAUACUAUAUCUCUAAUUGAAAGCCAAAGUACCUACUUAAAGCCAUAGAAUCUGUAUCUACUAACGAUAUGAAUACAAAAUAUUUACAUGGAUCCAUAACGGAAGACUUCUCCUCCGUGGGGCGUUCGAAUAGUUGAUGCCCUUCUGACUAUCAUUGCUGUUUAACUAUUUACCACCUAACCAGAAUAAUACAGAUUUAGUCAAGAAUUUAGUCCCCCUCCCCCAAAUAUCGUAACAUAAGCUAAUGUAUAAAAUACUCAGUCGCAUCCCAGAGGAUAUAACCGAAACAGAUCGAACGCAUUGUGUUUUUGUAUUAUAUUAAAUGUGUAUGUACAAUUUUACACUUAUUUGCUGAAAUUUAUUGACAAGAAAACAAGAGAAGCAUUUUAAUAGAAACAAAAAAAAGAAUUAUAAUGAUACAGCGAGUUAGCUUAAGUGAGGAGGAGAUCAAAGUUCAAAAUACAAUAUUGCAUUCAUCAAGUGAGCCAUGGAAAGGAACACACGUACACGUACAUCGAAGGAUAUUUGAAGAGCAUUUGGAGCACUUUUUGCAUUAGCGUAGAUGGGAUAUAAGUUGCCUGUUUUUAAAACACACAUACUAUAUUGUAUAACUUAAUAAUUAACCAUUCCCAAUUGUGGUAUUCGUUAUUUUUAAUAGUUGGUUGAUUGGCUUGUGCGUAGGCGUAGGCGUUAGGAGUUAAAGAAAUUCUUUCGCAUCAUUUGCUGUUGUUUGAUAUUAAGAGAAUUAGUUUUUUAAAUUCUACCAAUCGGACUAAGUGACUAAAUGAUAUGCUUUAAUUGCUGCUUAAAAAUUCGUACCAAAUCUCGUACUAGCGGCAACUAAUUACAUUAAUUAUAAUGUUGCCCCCCAACCUCCAAACCAUAUAAUAUGUUGUUAAAAAAGACAGCGAAUUGAAAGGAAUACUGGUAUCAGUUGUAUCUUUGGCUGCUGGUCCGCCGUCCAGCAGUGCCGGACAAAUAAGUAGAACACACAAGCCCAGAAGUGAAAAAUACACACACUAGAAAUAAAAAAUAUAUUGUUGAAUUCGAGUAGAGAAAUUAUUAAUCAAGAUUAUGAUAGCGGACCAAUUUGCGUAUAAGAUUUGUGAAAUCGAUUUAGAUAAAUUCUCUCGUUUUGCCAUAGCCAUAUGGAUUCUGUCUGAUUACAGAUAUGCCAGCCUUAGUUGAAAUUGAAACUUAUAUGUAUACUUACUUACUAACAGGGUAGCAUAUUCCCUAUCCUGCCCUGCCUGUUUUUGCUUCGUGUUUUUCUAGUUUUAGGUCGUUUAACUUUAAAGUUUAGACAGCAAACUGGGUUUUGGGCUAUAAUGUACAAUGUGUCGUAUAUUGGAUUACAUAUUGCAUACAAUACAUUCCACUUAUGCGAUACAAUGCGUAAAUAUAUAUUUUGUUGCAUACAAAUUAUAAUAAAAAUGAAUUGUAAUUAAAGUAUAAUACAUUUUAAGUGCAUGAUUUAAAAUACAACGAAUAAAUAUAUUUACACCGAUGUUCUUUACUAACUUUUUUUCUUACAAAUAUAUACACACACCAUAUAGAUCUAUAUACAUAGAUAUAUAAAUAAUAUGUAUAUUAAAUAUAUUAGUUGUAUACAUAUUGAAUUAGAUUUUACACGAUUCGAAUGACCGAAUAUUUAAAUUAUCGCUUACAUUCAAUUAAUAUGCAACUCAAACAGAGCGCCCGCUCACUGCUAAUAAAAUCAAAUCUAUAUAAAAAACAAUCCCUGGGCGUUACGUUGUAAAUAUAAAGGAUCAACAAGUUACACAAAAAGUAUAUCCGAUUUUUGAAAGGCCGGCAGCCCAAUAAUAACAGACAUAAUAUAACAGUUGGUGGCCUACUUAAAAAGAUCUUAUUGUUGAAGAUUUAACUUAAUAACACUUAUCGUGCAAAUGAGAAUAAGAACACGCAAAAUAAUUUAAAUAAAGAAAAUUUAACUAUGACAAAUCAA